GUCCUGGUUCAAUGGGGCGUCCAGGAUGGGAGAGGCGGCGGCGUGUGCCAAGGGCUCUGGUGUCCGUGGAAAACCACCUGCAGGCCAGUUCCCAGCUCCUGGCUGGCAGCCCCUGAGCUCCGCUCGGUGCGCCCAGGGCCUCAGAACCAGGGGACCUCGGAGCCGGUAACCGGCUGGCUGUUACGCUAUCUGCCUGUUGCAGGAGACGCUGGCCCUGAGGCCGUGCUCCGAGGAAGGCCGCCUUGCCAGCGCCUUGGAAAGGAGGGCUCCGACGUGGCAGUAACACCUCUCACCGGAGCUGCCUUCCUUAAUGUCUUAAGAAGGUUUCAGCAGCCACACGAUCUGCGAGGUAAACACAGCAGCAUGCAAGCAGGUGCUUUCCAGCAGCUCAAGCCUAGGUGUGUCACAUCUUGUUCUCCUGUAGAUGGUCAGAGAUGCUUCCUGCGGCAGCCCUUCCUCCUGGCCUCGGCUCCAGCAGUUCAGCGAGACCUUCAGGAGCAUCCUGGGAUGGUGCCGUCCCCACCUGUCUCCUCAGGGAACAUUUCCUGCAGCUCGAUGGAGACAGCAAUGCUGAAUUUGCGGAAUUUAUUUGAUCAGCUUAUGCGCCAGGCCGAAGUUUUAAGUGAAGGAAACGAGUAUCAAUUUAUUCAGUUAGCAAAGAACUUUGAAGAGUUUCGGCGAAAAUGGCAGAAAACAGAGCACGAACUUGCCAAGUACAAGGAUCUUCUAAUGAAAACGGAAACUGAACGUAGUGCUCUGGAUGUGAAGCUGAAACAUGCUCGCAAUCAAGUGGAUGUGGAGAUCAAACGAAGGCAAAAAGCUGAAACAGAUUGUGAGAAGCUGGAACGGCAAAUACAAUUGAUUCGAGAGCUGCUGAUGUGUGAUGCAUCUGGGAGUAUUCAGCUAAGUGAAGAACAGAAAUCUGCCCUUGCCUUUCUUAACAGGCCACAGGUUUCUGUAGGGGGUGCAGGUAAUAAAAGACUGUCUACAAUUGAUGAAUCUGGCUCAAUUCUGUCAGACAUCAGCUUUGACAAGACUGAUGAGUCACUGGACUGGGAUUCCUCUGUGGUGAAAGCCGUUAGACUGAAAAAGAGAGAAAAGCGGCGUUCCUCCAGGCAGUUCAUCGAAGGCCCUCCAGGUCCUCUGAAGAAAACGCGAUCAAUUGGCUCCACAGUUGACCAGGGAAAUGAGUCUAUAGUAGCAAAGACAACUCUCACUGUCCCCAGUGAUGGUGGCCCGAUUGAAGCCAUCUCUACCAUCCAGACUGUGCCUUACAGCCUCAGAAGCCAGAGGAAGACUGGUACUUUACAGCCUUGGAACAGUGAGUCAAGCUUGGGCAGUAGGCAACUGGAAUCCAAAUCGGAGACUGAUGGCUCUAGCACUCCGCAGAGCAACGGGGGAGUGAGGCUGCAUGAAUUUGUUUCAAAGACGGUUAUCAAACCAGAAUCAUGUGUUCCCUGCGGAAAACGGAUAAAGUUUGGAAAACUGUCUCUAAAAUGCAGAGACUGCCGUGUGGUGACUCAUCCAGAGUGCCGGGACCGCUGUCCUCUUCCCUGCAUCCCCAUCUUAACAGGCACUCCUGUCAGAAUUGGAGAGGGGACCUUGAUGGACUUUGUCCCUACUACUCCUCCAAUGAUCCCUUCCAUCAUUGUGCACUGCGUUAAUGAGAUCGAACAGCGAGGGCUACGUGAGAUGGGCCUUUACCGGAUAUCUGGCUGUGACAAGACAGUGAAGGAGCUGAAGGAAAAGUUCCUUAGAACAAAGAACGUUCCUUUGCUCAGUAAAGUGGAUGAUAUCCACGCUGUCUGUGGCCUGUUGAAGGACUUUCUGCGCAGCCUGAAAGAACCUCUUCUCACUUUCCGAUUAAAUAAGACUUUUAUGGAAGCUGCAGAAAUCUUGGAUGAGGACAACAGCAUUGCUGCUAUGUACCAAGCAAUUGGUGAACUUCCUCCGGCCAACAGAGACACGCUAGCUUUCCUCAUGAUUCAUCUGCAGAGAGUGGCUCAGAGCCCGGAGACUAAAAUGGACGUUGCCAACUUAGCCAAAGUCUUUGGCCCCACAAUAGUCGCCCACGCGGUGCCUGACCCUGAUCCUAUGACACUCCUGCAGGACACAAAGCGGCAGCCCAAGGUGGUGGAACGCCUUCUGCUGCUGCCAGUGGAGUACUGGAGCCAGUUCAUGAUAGUGGAGCAAGAAAAUAUUGAUCCAACGCACAUAAUUGAGAAUGCCAAUGCCUAUUCCACUCCACAGACGCCAGAUAUUAAAGUGAGCAUACUGGGGCCCCUCACCACUCCAGAGCAGCAGCUGUCCAAGACGCCCUCGUCCAGCUCCCUGUCCCAGAAGGUCCGGUCAACCUUCAGCAAGACUACCCCCAAAUUCGGGAGCAAAAGCAAAUCAGCAACGCAGCUGGGGCGUCAAGGCAAUUUCUUUGCCUCUCCGAUGCUGAAGUGAAGUGGAGCUGGGCCUUCAGUGUCGUCUUGGUCUUUGCACACCAAUAUGCAUGAGUACAAUAAAAGCACCCUCCUCUCUGUGGCCCUUAGCAGCCUUGUGUAAUAAGAUGUUUCUCCUUUUUAUCUUUCAGCUUAACUGAGGUUUUUAAUGGGAUUUUAUUGUGCAAUGUAUUUUAUUAUCAAAUGCUGUACUACACUUAAUAGGGAUAAAGAAAGU